UCACUCAUAUAAAUAUAAUUGUUUACAGUAUAUGUAAUUCACUUUAUUAAAACUUAGCAUUGAAGAUGUAUUAUGCUAAGUUAAUUUAUUUACUUUUUGUUUUGAAUGUUUUGAACCCGGAAGUUACUCAAUGUGUUGACCAACCCCCGUCAGAACCAGAGUUUCAACCUGUUGAACCAUGCAAAACUCCAGACCCACCAAACAAUGGUACAGUAAAUAUUUGGGGUAACAACAUGCUAGUCGAAUUCACAUGCGAUAACGGCCUUUCUCCGAUUGGAAGUACCUUUGGUUCAUGUGACCCUACAUCAAAGAAGUGGACUGUGAAGCGCCCAUUAUGUGUUUCAUCCACAUGUGAUCCACCAGCUAAUAUUUCAAAUGGAAAACUGUAUUUUGAUCAUAGCGGAAGUGUUGUGAUAGCAGUAUGUAGGCGUGGCUAUCGUUUAUCGGGCUAUAGAGAGCGAUUUUGUGAUGGAUAUACCUGGCGGGGAGUGUCUCCAUCCUGUAAAGAAAUGUAUCCUUCCCGAUCAGAGCGGCGACAGGCAAGGAACAAAAUGACAGCCAGUGUGUCACGAAAAACAAAGGCUAUCGAAAUUCUAGAGGAAAACAUUAUAGAAGCGGACGAAACUUGUUAUAAUAGGUUUAGCGAACCACCAGUUGUCAAAAAUGCAGAUAAAGCAAUUGUAUACAAAUAUAACAAAGUUCGGAGACAGUGGGUUAUCAUUGCUAAUUACACAUGCCAAACUGGUUUCAUCUUCAAUGACACAAGUUCCACGUACCUCUACUGUAGAAACUACAAAUGGGUAGGAAAUACACCAGCUUGCGUGACCAUAGCUUCACAGGUCCAGGAUCCUUGUGAAGUCAAAAAUGGCGGUUGUGAACAUAUAUGUGUGUCCCACGGGAACGGGAAAUUCAGAUGUGAGUGUGAACCCGGUUACAUUUUGGGACGGUUCAGAAGAAAAUGUGAAGAUAUAGAUGAGUGCAGGUUAGAUAAUGGCGGUUGUGAACAAACCUGCGUCAAUUUUGUUGGAUCAUUCUUCUGCACGUGUGAUGUUGGUUUCCAGUCUGUAGGACUUAAAUGUUUAGACUUGGACGAAUGUGCCUCACCAGGACAACAUCAGUGCCCUGGCGAGUGUAUUAAUGUACCCGGAACAUACAAAUGCAACUGUUCUAUAUCAGGCUACACAGAAUCACGGCGACAAACUUCUUGCUCUGAUUAUGAUGAAUGUUCGGACAAUAAUGGCGGAUGUACGGAGGUAUGCAUCAACACUGUGGGAUCGUUCCAAUGUCAAUGUAAGAAAAGAGGUUACAGGAUAUCUAAUGAUACUAACACGUGUGAAGAUAUGGAUGAAUGUGAAAUUGACAAUGGUAAAUGCGAAGACAUUUGUGUGAACACAUUAGGGUCAUACAAGUGCAUGUGUUCGGGAGAGUCUGCAAUACUUCACGAAGAUGAACGUUCAUGUAUAGCUCCAAAGGUCAAGGAUCCUUGUGAAAUCAAAAAUGGCGGUUGUGAACAUAAAUGUGUAUCCCAUGGGAAGGGGAAAUACAGAUGUGAGUGUCCACCCGGCUUCGUUUUGGGACAAUCCAGAAGAAAAUGUGAAGAUUAUGAUGAAUGUUCAGACAAUAAUGGCGGAUGUACGGAGGUAUGUAUCAACACCGUAGGAUCGUUCCAAUGUCAAUGUAAGAAAAGAGGUUACAGGAUAUCUAAUGAUACUAACACGUGUGAAGAUAUGGAUGAAUGUGAAAUUGACAAUGGUAAAUGCGAAGAUGUUUGUGUGAACACACUAGGGUCAUACAAGUGUAUGUGUUCGGGAGAGUCUGCAAUACUGCACGAAGAUGGACGUUCAUGCAUAACAUGUGACAGAUACAGCUAUUAUGACGAAAACAACAAAUGUUCCCCAUGUCCCAACAACACUGUGGUAAACGACACGGUGGCAAUAGCUUCUAAUAUUGACGACUGUGUAUGCGCAUUGGGAUUUCACACUGAGAGGGCUCCUGAUGGCAAUUGUACCGACAUCAAUGAGUGUGUGACAGGACCAUGUAGUCAUCACUGUGAGAACAUAGAAGGCAGCUAUAUUUGUUCCUGUCGUCAUGGUUAUCAUCUUCAAGAUGGUCAUAUUGUCUAG